GGUGAACCCAUCGACACAUGGAUCUCGGACUUGCUGCUCUCCUCCCACUGCUGCCUUUCGCGUUCCUCCUCCUGGUGGCGCUCAGGAGGAGAUCCAUCUCCGAGUUCCAGCCGAACCAUGAACCUCCUCUCCCUCCCAGCCCACGGGGGCUGCCCGUCAUUGGCCACAUCCACCACCUCGUCGGAAAGCCCACCCACCAGGCGCUGCGUGACCUUGCCGCCCAGCACGGGCCCCUCGUGCUCGUCCGCGUCGGCCAGGUCGACGUGGUGGUCGUCUCCUCCCGCGAGGCCGCCGAAGAGGUCCUGAAGACCCAGGACGCCAACUUCGCCGACCGCCCUGCGCUCGCCGCCGCCAAAGUCAUCACCUACGGCUGCGUGGACGUGGCCUUCUCCCCGUACGGGAGCUACUGGAGACACCUGAGGAAGAUCUGCGCCACGGAGCUAAUCAGCAUGAAGCGCGUCAAGUCCUUCGCCUCGGCCAGGGAGGACGCCAUCCUCCGCUUGCUGAGGGACGUCUCCAUGACGCCCCUGGCAGUCCCCAUCAACCUCAGCAACAAGUUCAUGACGGUGAUCGGCGACAUCAUUUCUGCGGCAGUGGUUGGCAAGAGAUUCGAGCACCAGCAGAACAAUCUGCUGCUGCCACUCGUCAAGGAGGCGUUGUUAUCACUGUCCAGGUUUAGCUUCGCUGAUUCCUUCCCCAAGUUGAAGUUCGUAGAUGUUGUCACCGGCACCAGCUUCAGGUUGAAUAGGAUCCGACGGGAGUUCGAAAAGAUCACGGACGGCAUAUUUAAGCAGCACCAGAGAAAGAAGGCGGGCGGAGCAGGAGACGUGGAGGAAGAUUUGGUUGAUGUGCUCCUCAGGAUUAAAGGCUGUGAUCCAGGUCGGAACAUCUCCUCUCUCGUAAACAUCGUCAAAUCUGGGAUGGAGACAGUGUUGUCGAAGAGGGUGGCAGCAUUGGGAAAGGUGGGAAGGGGCGCUAGGGGCAAGCAGAGUGCCCUGCGCUCUUCUGCUGGAGGGGAGAAACUCGAGGACUUUGGAGUUGUCGGUGGCGCUGCACCUAAGCCUGACGGUGGAUUCAACAACGGCUCUAGUGAUGCGUUCGGCGAUAGUGAUGAACAUACGCGGGCUGCAGAUCUCUACCGGAAUUCUUCAGCUAGAGGAAGGAGCAACGGACUGUUGCGACUCGAUCUCCUCAUCUUUUCUUCCUCUCCUUGUCAGGAUAUAUUCGUGGGAGGGAUUGACACCUCGUCGACGACGCUGGAAUGGGCGAUGUCGGAGUUGAUGAGGAACCCCGAGACGAUGAAGAGAGCACAGGAGGAAGUGAGAGAAGCCAUGAGAGGCAAGGGUAAAGUGGAGGAACGUGAUGCGGAGGGGCUCAGCUACUUGAAGCUAGUAAUCAAGGAGACACUGAGACUGCAUUCGCCAGCGCCCUUGCUGAUCCCGAGAGUAGGCAGGGAGACGUCGCAGGUGCUGGGAUUCAAGAUACCGGCAGGAAGCAGGGUCGUCGUCAAUGCCUGGGCACUGGGGAGGGACCCAACAUACUGGGGCGACGACGCCGAGUGCUUCCGGCCUGAGAGGUUCCAAGGAAGUCCUGUCGACUUCAAGGGGGCCAACUUCGAGUACAUACCCUUCGGAGCUGGGAGGAGGAUGUGCCCCGGCGUGCAGUUUGCGUUGGCGGCCGUCGAGCUGCUGCUGGCUGAUCUUCUCUUCUACUUCGACUGGGAACUUCCCCAUGCCAUGAAGCCAGGAGAUCUGGACAUGACAGAGAAUAUGGGGGGAACUGCAUCUCGGAAAUCAGAGCUGUUCUUGCUUGCUGCUCCUCGCAUCCCUCUCCCCGACGUCGAUAUAAGCUGGUCUUGA